AUGGGCACCAAGGGAAAAAUUAUUAAAUGCAAAGCAGCUAUCGCCUGGGAAGCGAACAAGCCCCUCAGCAUUGAAGAGGUUGAAGUAGCUCCCCCCAAGGAUCAUGAAGUUCGAAUUCAGAUAAUUGCCACCACCCUGUGCCAUUCUGAUGCCCAUAUCCUCCAUCCUCAAUUUGAGGGGGGGUUUUUCCCAGUGAUCCUUGGCCAUGAGGGUGCAGGAAUUGUGGAAAGUGUUGGGCCAGGAGUGACCAACUUCAAACCAGGUGACAAAGUAAUUCCACUCUGUGUACCUCAAUGUGGAAAAUGCAAGUUCUGUCUGAGUCCACGCACAAAUUUUUGUGGAAAACUCAGGAAUUUUAAAAACCCUUUGAGUGAUCAAAAAUUAAUGGAAGAUGGAACUAGCAGGUUUACUUGCAAAGGAAAACCAAUUUACCAUUUCAUGGGGACCAGUACCUUCAGUCAAUACACUGUGGUCUCAGAUGUCAACCUUGCCAAACUAGAGGACGAUGCCAAUUUAGAGAGAGUUUGUCUGCUUGGAUGUGGAUUUUCAACUGGCUAUGGAGCUGUCAUCAACAACGCCAAGGUCACACCUGGUUCUACCUGUGCCAUCUUUGGCCUAGGAGGUGUUGGUCUCUCUGCUGUAAUGGGUUGUAAAGCAUCAGGAGCUUCCCGAAUCAUAGCUAUUGACAUCAAUAGUGAGAAGUUUACAAAGGCCAAAGCCCUUGGAGCCACUGACUGCCUCAAUCCUAAAGACCUAGACAAACCCAUUCAAGAGGUCAUCGUUGAAAUGACCAAUGGAGGUGUGGACUUUGCCUUUGAGUGUGCAGGAGGAGCUAAAAUCAUGAGAGCAGCCCUGGAUAGUGUAACAGUAGGCUGGGGAGUAUGCACUAUCAUUGGAGUAAAUGUUAAUGACAAUGGAUUGAAUGUUUCUGCAGUGGAGCUAUUAAUGGGCCGUACUCUAACUGGAACAAGCUUUGGUGGUUGGAAAAGUGUCACUUCUGUUCCAAAGCUGGCUGCUGACUACAAGAAUAAGAAAUUGGAUUUGGAUGCAUUGAUCUCCCAUACCCUGCCUUUUGACAAAGUCAAUGAGGCAUUUAACCUAAUGUACCAAGGAAAAAGCAUUCGGACAGUCCUGCUCUUUUGA